UUUCUCUUUUCUUCUGUCUCCUCCGAGUCCUCCCUCCGUCACGUACAUGUAGACGAACCCGGGCCGCACCGGGUCACACCCUGACAGGCGAGUGCGAGCAGGCAGGCAGGGAGACAGGCCGGUGCCGACCUGGGCUGGGUUUGCGGAAGCGACCGCCGGGCGGACAGACGGACGGACGGAGCGAAGCGGGGCUUCUGGUUGACGCAGGCGGACGGCGGGGUGUCAUCAUGGCGGCCGCCUGUCUGCGUGUCCGGCAGCUCUUUGUGUUCCGGCCCCCUGCCUGGCUCUGAGGCUCCGGGCAGAGGCGGCCUGCUGCCAGGGAUGGACCGCGGGGAGCGCCGUGGGGCGGCCACCGAGCGGCGGAACUGAAGUCCCGCUGGCUGCUGGAGAAAAAAGACGAGUGGCUUAAUGCAAAACACAGACAGGAUGCGUGAAUACAAGCUGGUUGUUUUAGGAUCGGGAGGAGUCGGCAAGUCAGCUCUGACUGUCCAGUUCGUUCAGGGAAUCUUUGUGGAAAAAUACGACCCAACGAUAGAAGACUCCUACAGGAAGCAAGUGGAGGUCGAUGGACAGCAGUGUAUGUUGGAGAUUCUGGACACAGCGGGAACAGAGCAGUUCACAGCCAUGAGAGACCUGUACAUGAAGAACGGUCAGGGCUUCGCUCUGGUUUACUCCAUCACAGCUCAGUCGACCUUUAACGACCUUCAGGACCUCAGAGAGCAGAUCCUCAGAGUGAAGGACACAGAAGAUGUUCCCAUGAUCCUGGUUGGAAACAAAUGUGACCUGGAGGUGGAGCGUGUGGUGGCCAAAGAGUCGGGUAUCGGCCUCGCUCGCCAGUGGAAUUCCUGCGCCUUCCUGGAGACCUCGGCCAAGAGCAAGAUCAACGUUAACGAGAUCUUCUACGACCUUGUGCGACAGAUUAACAGGAAGAGUCCAGUUCCGGGGAAAACUCGCAAAAAGUCCACUUGUCAGCUUCUCUAAUGACAGUUUUCUGCUCACCUGACCAACAACCAACCAAUCACAGGAUAUCUUCCAGCUGGCCGUGCCCCUUUUACGCAACCAUGUUAUCAUCAGCAUCAGCUUCCUCUGUUACCACGACAACUGCAUUUCCCAUCCUCCCACCACACUGUUUAACAGAGACUCUUGCCUUGGAAUCAUCCAAUCCAAACAAGACCACAGCGGUAGCACUGCUUCUGCUGAUGAUCCCACUGUUGGUGGAAUGGGGGCUGCCCACAUUUAAACUACAGUCCCUAUCAUGCUCUCUGCUAGGCUGUUUAGCGCUGGGGAGUGGCUUUCUGCUUUUUAGUUCGAAUAUUUCUUUGUUCUACUUUCUUUCAGUUUCCUUCCUCUUUUUCUUCUAGCUGUCCCGAGCCAGCUUCACUGUCGGCCAUGUUGGCGCUAUGGUUAGCUUGGGGAUGUCACAGCUAACAUGGUUGACUCUGUGGCUCUGGUCAAACCUGUGGAUUCAUACAGUGAUGAUUAUUAUUAUUAUUGCAGUGGUUAUUAUUAUUAUGAUUCUGUGUGAAAAAAAGGAAAAACUCAUUUAAUGAUUUAAUGUUUUUGGGGGUGAGGGAGGGGAGGGUGGGCUGGGGGUGCAGCAGGCUGAAGGUCAGCUCCAAGUGUUGAUAGCCCUGAUAGCUCUAACAUAAAUUAGCUGGCUGCUAUUUGGGCUCUUUGUUAUGUAUUAGCCUUGUUAGCAUACUCUUCAAGAAAUGUAUUUUAGACUGUCAGCCUAAUAUCUAGUCAAAUGCAUUGCCAACAUUGCAGUUAGUGAGGUGCUAGCAUUGGCUACACUUCACAGGGGGAGUAACGAUGGCUAGUUGUUUGCUAGCCUCUUGCAGGUGUUAGAAUGUAUUAGCAGUGAUGUGAGGAAAAACAAUGUGCUCUUAGCACAUGCGUGGUUAUAGAUGGGACUUAUUUGUACUUCUAGCUUUGUAGUUCAUUAGCUUAGAAUCUUGUCAAACUGUCAGGAUUAUUGAUGCCAGCACAUGGGAACAGUAUUGAAUUUAUAUUUGGAUGACUGAUGCAAACAACUUUUGAUGGCCUAGCAGAAUAAACAAACAGCUAGUGGUUUAUAGACAUUUCAAAGAGAUGCUAAUGAUGCUAUACUACCAAAGAAACAAAAUAAGGAUCACAUGUGCAGGUCGGUUUGUUAACAGCCCGUUGAGCUGACCUCAGAUCUGCUGCUGAGGGUGGACAUGUUGCCUUUAGACAGCAGACUCACACUGGUCCAGUACUUUAGCUCUGUGUGUGUAUGUGUGUGUGUAUGUGUGUGUGUGUGUGUGUGUGUGCGUGUAUGUGUGUGUGUGUCUGUGUCUGUGUGUGUUUUUAUGUGUUUGUGUCAUUGAGCUGCAUAACAACAUGAAUCAGGCCAGUUUCUGUGAUGACCACUUUAUCCCGGGUGGGUGGGUUAUAUUUACUGAAAGACCAGUCAGCAAGUGUUGCUUCUGUGUUAUUAACCAUAUUAUUACCUGAUUACUAAUAUGAUUAACAUGAGUUGGUUGAAGGUCCUUUUGGUCAGCUUCUCUUUAACUGAUGGAAACAUGAUCCAGGUACACACAGGACCAGGUCCUUCAUAUGUGUGUUGUAUUUUAUGCUAACACUUUAGCAGCUCUGGUGAAAGAAUAACGUGAGCUCACAGCCACCUGAAUGGAAACACCAUGGAAAAUAUAUAUAUAUUAAUGUUUAAUGAUUGGCAGAGAGGGUUUGAGGAGUUAUUGAUGAAAGUAAAAGAAGCCAAUGCGCCAAUUUAGUCUUAGCUUUAGGCUAAUAAAGGUGACAUUUACAGUUACAACUACCAGACUAACAUGUUUAAAGUAUGACCAUGAAAUACUCCACUGGGCUUAAUUUUCUCAUCAGUUAAAGCAAAAAGUUGAACAAAAGGUUGAGGCUGACUGGAAAGGGUAUGGUUUAAAUAGUGAAAGCCCCGCCCACAGGGGGUGGAGCUUGUGAAAUCAACCACAGACAGCCUUUGAAUAAUCUGUUAAUUCUGUUUGAAAUGUGAGAGUGGUCAGCAUACGCGUUCAGUAUGUGGGACCAGUGACCUCUGUGAGUACUGCUGUGUGCAGUGUUGUACUACCAGUGUUACUGCAGCAUACUGUGGUACUGCUGUUAGUAUUCUGGUCCAGUCAUGUAGCAUGUUGAUAUUUCUGUCAGUACUCAGUCUGACCUCCAGGAGGUGCUGCAGCAGUUUGCAUGCCGAGCAGAAGCUUCCAGCGAAAUGUCUUUUUGCAGCCAUGCUAAGGUCGUUGCUGUUGACUCCAGUGCUCACAGACAGAUUGUAAGGCACAGUAAACGGUUCAACAAAUAGGAAUGGGAUUUAAGCCUCUAACUUCAUCAGAUAAAGCGUAACGUUAACCUUUAAAUAACCUUUUGAGUACAGUGCUUUACUUAUUCUUGUACGUCUACCCAUAGUAGAACUGUACCACCCUGAACACCGCAGUCAACCGCACACAAGAGAUUCAUACUACAAGAGAAAACAUUAGGAUAACUGGAUAACGCUUUACUUCAAUUACACCUCUCUUAACAUAGAUAAACAAAAAAAUGUUAAAAAAUAACACGAACAACAUUAUCACAUGUUAAAUUGAUUGAGCAACAUUUCUCCUACAAAGUUUUCAUAAGUGAUGUAACUGCUAAUGAAUGAUCAGUAACCAGCAUAAUAUACUUGUGAUCCUUGAAGGAUGUAUAAUUUAACGACCACAAAAGUGAAUAGGUCACAAGUGACCAACUCAAGUCCAUAGGGGCCAUUGUCCUGCUGGUGUUUCAUCUCUCCCUGCGGAGUAUCUUGAUGAGGUGUCAGUUGGCUGAUCACACCUGAUCAAUGUAAACAGUAGUGGGACAGAGGUCCUCAAGGACUUGAGCUGACCAUCCCUGGAAUAGGUUAUUUUAGAGUGCAAAUCAUUCACAGGUGCAUUUAAAGCCUUAUUUUUCCCACAGCCUUACUUUUGAAAUGAAAUAUGUUAAGUUGUCAGAUUGUUAUUGUGUAAUCACCUUAUUAAUAAACAUGAUUAUGCAUUUACAUAAAACUAUGUUUUAGGAUUAUAGCUGGUGUUACUGUCAUUCAUUAUGCAGAAAGUUUCAUAUUUUAAUUCUGAGUAUAUGGUACAAACACCACCCCUGCAAAAAAGGAUGUGUGUUAUAAAUGCUGAAUGGGUUUGGUUAAGAUGAUGUGUAUGGCUCAGUUCUAAAACAGUUCAGGUUGGGUUUUACUCCUGACUGCUAAACACGAACACCUGAUUCACGCAUAGAGGAGUUAAUAACAUUAUGACCUGACCCUGGCUGCAAUCAGACCUUUCUGGCAUCCAGUGUCACAGAGGCUGCAGUGGCAUUCGUCCUUCAUUGUAGUUCUGGAAAUAUAACAUUUGACAGAUGAGUUAAUUAUUAGAGUUAUAGAAUAGUUAGAUGCAGUCACCUCCAGUCUGACCAACUCUUGUUUGGGAGCACGCUGAAGCCUUAACAGCUGUGGUAAACUGAGGUUUUAUCAUUGGUGUAGGUACCGUACGUUUUACUUUUCCCUAAAUCUAGUGUUAAAUUUUGAAUAAGUCAUUUGUAAAACACUGUAAUGUAGCUGCAAGCAUAUCCAAGGGCAAAUGAUGCGUCUCCUGUGAGCUUCUCUAAGUGGAGCUGGGUGUGUAAGCAACAAACUGAACUUAACUAUAAUAAAUUGUGGAAAGAUCCACAAUGUCAUUAGCUGAAUGUAUGUUAUGCUAACAGAUACAUUAUAGUGUGUCAAAUGUUUCUAAAUGCUAAGUGAGGGAACCUAGCGUGACAUCUUAACGUCUUCGGUUUCCCUCUAGGCUAAACGCUUGAGGACCUGUCCCUGUACUGGACUCAGAGAUAAUCUGAUUAUGAUCUCCACAUCAGUGACGAACAGGAGGAUUCUCGCCAUGUUUGACUGCUCCUUUAUUAUGUAGACAUAGUUUGAAGUGACAAUUGCAGCUGCAGCCAAAUGCAACCUGGAAUGAUUUAUUGACAAGAAGAAACUAUUUUACAUUUACGAAAAUGAAUCGGCUUUUCCUCUGUAUGGCAUGCUGACCAGUGAAAUAGAAAAAAACAAACCAGUUGACCCAGUGAAGUACCAGGUUUAAAUCCCAUCUCCACCCUGCAGAAUCAUCUUGAUUCAGCUGUUGGGAGUUUAAAACUGGUGUCUAAAAGCUUGAACUGUUUUUUUCCCCCAGUACAGAAACCACAGCAGCAGUGAAAGGGGAGGGACAGGGUGAAGCCAAAUGUAAAGUGAAAACUAAAAAGCCUUAAAUAAAUAAAAGUGGUGCAAUUUUGUAACAGCAA